AUGCCGUUCCCAUACAAGACGGUGCUCAUCACAGGAGCAACAUCAGGCAUCGGUCUUGCACUGGCCGAGCGCAUGAUAUCUGCGGGCAUUUUUGUCAUUGCAGUUGGCCGUCGCAAAGAUCGUCUUGAAGCCCUGGUUGAGAAACAUGGCAGCGAGAAAGUCGCUGCUGAGCCAUUUGAUGUGUCGGACCUGGACGCCAUGCCCGCCUGGGUUGAGAAGAUCACAUCCAAGUACCCCCGUCUCGACUCCAUCAUUCUCAACGCCGGCUUCCAGCGGUCCCUCGACUUCACGUCCCCGUCCACCAUCUCCUUGUCGUCCGUCUCAGCAGAGCUCACCACCAAUUAUCUCUCCCCCCUCCACAUGGUCUCCCUUUUUCUCCCGCACCUGAUCUCGCUCGCCCCAUCCCCGACGUCCAUUGUUCUUGUCUCCUCAGGUCUCGCUGUCCUCCCCCUGCCCCGAUGCGCAAAUUACUCCGCCACCAAAGCCGCCGUGCACAGUCUGGCCUGGUCACUCCGGUGCCAGCUUUCCGGUCCAGAAUCACCUCAUACCCACCACAUCAAGGUAAUUGAGAUCAUGCCGCCGGCCGUGCAGACAGAGUUGCAUCCCCAGCAAAAGGACUUGGUAGAGACGGGGCAGGAUCAGCCCGGGAUUGAGCUGGAGAGGUAUAUCGAGGAGACGUGGGUGGACUUGGUGGGGGAGGAGGAAAAAGAGGAUAUUGUGCACAGUGUGUUGAGGGAGAGGUUGGAGGCGGUAGAGGGGCCGAGGAAGGGGGCGUGGGAAGGGUUUGUGAGGGCUAUGAGGGGGGCUGGGUUGAGGUUUUGA